AUGUUCAGAUUUGUGGAUUCACGGACUGUUCUGCUACUUGUAGCAACACAAUUUAUUUUGCUAUCCGUUGUCAGAUGUCAACAGGAAGAUGACCAGGAGGAGGUAGGCGGCUGCAUCCAGGAUGGCCGCCAGUACGCAGACCGUGCAGUGUGGAAGCCAGAGGCGUGUCGUGUCUGUGUGUGUGACUCGGGGGCGGUGCUGUGUGAUGAGGUCAUCUGCGAGGAGCUGAGGGAUUGUGCCAAUCCUGUCAUUCCGCCUGGAGAGUGCUGCCCCGUUUGUCCUGCUGAUCACGACCAGCCUAGCGGUCCGCGGGGUAGUGUGAAGGGACAGAAAGGAGAACCCGGUGAGAUUGCAGAUGUUGUAGGACCAAAAGGACCUGCUGGCCCCAUGGGACCCCCAGGAGAGCAGGGCCCACGCGGAGAGAGAGGAGCUAAGGGUGAGAAGGGAAGUCCAGGCCCCAGAGGAAGAGAUGGUGAGCCCGGCACUCCAGGCAACCCUGGACCUCCUGGACCUGCUGGACCACCAGGUCCUCCCGGACUCGGAGGAAACUUUGCGGCUCAGAUGGCUGGUGGUUUUGAUGAGAAAGCAGGAGGAGCACAGAUGGGUGUGAUGCAAGGACCAAUGGGCCCCAUGGGUCCCCGUGGCCCUCCUGGCCCUUCUGGAGCACCUGGCCCACAAGGUUUCCAAGGCAACCCCGGAGAGCCUGGUGAACCUGGACCUGCUGGCCCUCUUGGACCCCGUGGCCCCCCUGGACCAUCUGGAAAAUCAGGAAGUGACGGUGACCCUGGAAAACCCGGUAAGGCAGGUGAGCGUGGACCUCCAGGACCUCAGGGAGCACGUGGAUUCCCUGGAACUCCUGGACUUCCUGGCAUCAAGGGACAUAGAGGACACCCAGGUAUUGAUGGUGUAAAGGGAGAGACUGGAACUGCUGGAGCCAAGGGUGAGGCAGGUGCCCCCGGAGAGAAUGGUGCCCCUGGACCAAUGGGCCCACGUGGUCUGCCUGGUGAAAGGGGACGUCCUGGACCUUCGGGAUCUGCUGGCGCCCGUGGUAAUGAUGGCCUGCCUGGUCCCGCGGGUCCUCCUGGUCCUGUUGGACCUGCUGGUGCCCCAGGUUUCCCAGGAUCCCCUGGUUCUAAGGGUGAGGCAGGCCCUACUGGAGCUCGUGGACCUGAGGGAGCACAAGGGCAACGUGGAGAGGCUGGUACACCUGGAUCUCCUGGCCCGGCUGGUGCCUCUGGUAACCCUGGUGUUGAUGGUAUUCCUGGAGCCAAAGGAUCUGCCGGUGCUCCCGGUAUUGCUGGUGCCCCAGGUUUCCCAGGGCCCCGUGGGCCACCUGGACCUCAGGGAGCUACUGGACCUCUGGGUCCCAAGGGCCAGAGUGGAGAUCCAGGUAUUCCAGGAUUUAAGGGUGAGGCUGGACCAAAAGGAGAGCGUGGUGUUGCAGGACCUCUUGGUCCCCCAGGCCCAUCUGGAGAGGAGGGUAAGAGAGGACCAAGAGGAGAGCCUGGUGCUGCUGGGCCUCUUGGACCUCCUGGAGAGAGAGGAGCUCCAGGUAACCGUGGAUUCCCUGGUCAGGAUGGUCUUGUUGGUGCUAAGGGUGCACCUGGUGAUCGUGGUGUUCCUGGAGUGUCUGGACCAAAAGGAGCUACUGGAGAUCAUGGUCGUACAGGCGAGCCUGGACUUCCUGGAGCCAGAGGCCUCACUGGUCGUCCAGGAGAUGCUGGACCCCAAGGGAAAGUUGGGCCAGCUGGUGCCUCUGGUGAUGACGGUCGCCCUGGUCCCCCUGGUCCUCAGGGAGCUCGUGGACAGCCUGGUGUGAUGGGAUUCCCAGGUCCCAAGGGAGCCACUGGUGAGCCAGGCAAAGCCGGAGAGAAAGGACUUGUUGGCAGCCCUGGGCUGAGAGGUUUACCUGGUAAAGAUGGUGAGACUGGACCAGUUGGUCCUAAUGGCCCUGCUGGGCCUGCUGGAGAGAGAGGAGAACAGGGCCAGCCUGGUCCCCCUGGCUUCCAGGGCCUACCAGGACCUUCUGGGCCACCAGGAGAGAAUGGUAAACCAGGUGACCAGGGUCUUCCUGGUGAGGGUGGCGCCCCUGGUGUAGUUGGGCCAAGAGGUGAGCGUGGGUUCCCUGGUGAGAGAGGAGGUGCUGGGCCUCAGGGUCUUCAGGGACCCAGAGGACUUCCUGGUACUCCAGGAACUGAUGGACCCAAGGGUGCGAUAGGCCCAUCUGGUGCUACUGGUGCACAAGGCCCUCCUGGUCUACAGGGCAUGCCUGGGGAGAGAGGAGGUUCAGGCAUCCCUGGAGCUAAGGGUGACAGGGGUGACACUGGAGAGAAAGGACCUGAAGGAGCUCCUGGCAAAGAUGGCUCAAGAGGUUUGACUGGUCCAAUUGGCCCACCUGGUCCUUCUGGCCCCAAUGGAGCUAAGGGUGAAACUGGUGCUAUUGGCCAAACUGGACCUGCUGGUGCCCGUGGUGCCCCUGGUGACCGUGGUGAGGUUGGACCUCCUGGACCUGCUGGUUUUGCUGGACCUCCUGGUUCUGAUGGUCAGCCUGGAUCCAAGGGAGAGCAAGGAGAGUCAGGUCAGAAAGGAGAUGCUGGAGCCUCUGGACCUCAAGGACCAUCUGGAGCACCCGGCCCAGUUGGCCCAACUGGCAUUUCUGGACCUAAAGGAGCCCGUGGAGCACAAGGAGCCCCAGGUGCUACUGGUUUCCCAGGUGCUGCAGGAAGAGUUGGACCACCUGGUCCCAACGGUAACCCUGGCCCUGCUGGCCCAUCUGGUCCUGCUGGCAAAGAUGGUCCUAAGGGAACUCGUGGUGAUGCUGGGCCUCCAGGAAGACAAGGAGAUGCUGGACUGCGUGGGCCUUCUGGAGCCCCUGGAGAGAAAGGAGACUCUGGAGAAGAUGGUCCCCCAGGUCCUGAGGGUCCUUCUGGACCUGCAGGUCUUGCUGGCCAGCGUGGUAUUGUUGGUCUGCCUGGCCAGCGUGGUGAGAGAGGUUUCCCUGGUCUCCCAGGACCUUCGGGUGAGCCUGGCAAACAGGGAGGUCCAGGUGGUGCUGGUGACCGUGGCCCGCCUGGUCCUGUUGGACCCCCUGGACUGACUGGACCUUCUGGAGAAACUGGACGUGAGGGUAAUCCUGGAUCUGAUGGGCCUCCUGGCAGAGAUGGUGCUCCUGGUGUUAAGGGUGAGCGUGGUAACACAGGUCCUGUUGGUGCCCCUGGUGCCCCUGGUCCCCCUGGCUCUACUGGUCCUGCUGGUCCUGUGGGCAAGCAGGGAGACAGAGGAGAGAACGGGCCACAAGGACCUGCUGGACCUCCUGGACCUGCUGGGGCUAGAGGCAUGGCUGGACCCCAAGGACCCCGUGGAGACAAGGGCGAGACUGGUGAGGCUGGAGAAAGAGGACAGAAAGGCCACAGAGGAUUCACUGGUCUGCAGGGUCUUCCUGGACCUCCUGGUUCUUCUGGUGACCAGGGUUCUGCCGGACCUGCCGGACCUAGUGGACCCAAGGGACCCACUGGACCAGUUGGUCCAGCUGGAAAGGAUGGAUCGAACGGUCAGCCUGGACCCAUUGGACCCCCUGGACCUCGUGGACGCUCUGGAGAGGCUGGCCCAGUUGGUCCUCCUGGUAAUCCUGGACCCCCUGGCCCUCCUGGUCCUCCAGGCCCUGGCAUUGAUAUGUCUGCCUUUGCUGGACUGUCUCAGCCAGAGAAGGGUCCCGAUCCUCUGCGUUACAUGCGUGCUGAUGAUGCUUCGACCUCUCUGAGGCAGCAUGAUGUGGAAGUGGAUACCACCCUGAAAUCAAUCAACAGCCAGAUCGAAGACAUCCGCAGCCCAGACGGCUCACGCAAGAACCCUGCUCGCACCUGCCGGGACCUGAAACUCUGCCAUCCUGAAUGGAAGAGCGGUGACUACUGGGUAGACCCUAACCUUGGCAGCAGUGCUGAUGCCAUCAAGGUCUUCUGCAACAUGGAAACUGGAGAGACAUGUGUGUACCCCACUAAUCCCAGUGUCCCACGCAAGAACUGGUGGAGCAGCAAGAGCAAGACACACAAGCAUGUGUGGUUUGGGGAGAGCAUGUCUGGUGGCUUCCAUUUCAGCUAUGCUGAGAAUGGCCAGAUUCCAAGUAUGGCCAAUAUUCAGCUUAACUUCCUCAGACUGCUGUCUGCUGAGGCCUCUCAGACCAUCACCUAUCACUGCAAGAACAGCGUGGCCUACAUGGACCAGGCCACAGGAAACCUGAAGAAGGCCCUUCUGCUGCAGGGUUCCAACUAUGUGGAAAUCAGAGCAGAGGGCAACAGCCGAUUCACAUAUGGCGUGCUUGAGGAUGGCUGCAAGAAGCACACAGAGCAGUGGGGUAAGACUGUGAUUGAGUACAAAACUCAGAAGACAUCUAGACUGCCCAUUGUGGACAUUGCUCCUAUGGACAUCGGUGGAGCUAACCAGGAGUUUGGAGUGGACAUUGGACCAGUCUGCUUCUUGUAAAAAUAUGGACACGAUAUAAGACAUGGAAAGAUAUAAAUGAUAAGCAGUAGCUCCAUGAAGAAGCAAUACACUCUCCAAAUAAAGAAAUAUGGAAGUAAAGGAAAAGAAAAGGAAAUUGAAAAUUGAAAAUUGAUGAAUGCUUUUUCUCCAAAACACAAAAGUUGUGUUGUCCACGUUUAGUGCCCUGGAGACCAGCACUAAGCAGCACUGGCCCAUGAAUCUCUCCCUCUGAAAUCCAGCCAUGUUUCUCAUCAACCUCAGUGAAGUCCUUCUUCCAUAUGGGAGCCGAGAGGAGAAAGGAGCGAGCAAGCAAGACUUAACGAGUAAGAGAUGAAAAGUACAGAAACAUGGCUAGAUGUCAUCACAUUUGGCAGGGUGGAUGGUGCUUUAGAGCUGGGUGCUACAGAUGCCCCUCCCACUAACACCAUCUUGAACCACACCCAGUCCCACUUUGCCCCUCCCUCUGCUUCCAGACUGUGACUCAGUAAAAACAUCACAUUCAGCUAGGUAUUGUGAAAUGUUAAAACUGGGGAGGUUGGGAGUUAACAUUUACUGUGUAUAAUAAAGUCAAAUCUUGGUUCAGUUGUAAAAGUCUGUUCUGAGACAGCCAGAUCGCUAUAAUUUCACAGUUAUGUGUUUGUAUGUGAAAGCGUGUGUCUAUGCACACCAACACUUUUUUUGGGAAGUGCAGUUUUAUUUUAGUUUUUCCUUUUUUAAAUUGUCAAUAUUUUCCCCUUGACUGCCCAUUUUAGGAAGUGUUGGUCCCUUUACAAAAAAGCAAAAGUAAAAUAAAUUUGGAUGAUAUUUCUGGUUUUGUUCAUUUGUAUUAUCUUCAUUUUUUUUAAAAAAAAAGCUACCUCACAAUGAAAAACCAAAGUUAUAAUUUGGAUGUGAAUUAAUCAAAAGUAGCUUGGGGGACUGAAGAAAGAAAGGACAUGUCCUGGCUUGGUUCAGUCUGUCUUCAGAAGGUGCUAUUACUUUACAUCUGUCAGUCAUUAUUCCCUGGGUCCCCACACCCUCUCCCUACUAGCCUCACCAAACUCACACAGCCUGCUUCAAGGAUUCGGAAUAACCGGAUUAAUCAAAGGAAGGAGGGGCUCCUUUGGAACAGGGUGUCCUGAGCAUGAAGUGUGCAUUUGUGUGAGGGUGUGUAUAUUUUUGUUAUAA